ACCCCACAAUUCCAGGCUUUGCGUCGUCACUGCCGAAACAGGAAGUCAGUGCUCGCAGCUGCUCCAAUCAAAGCGCAAGUGUCCCCCCCGCGGCCCUAGUCACUGGCAGGAACCAGAAGCUGAUUGGCCAUCGCCAGAGUGACAUCGCUGUCUGUAGCCUGAGGUACAUCACUGGAUGCUCUGUUGUUGUUAUUGGAGCUUGCGGGGUCGGUUAGUGUGCGGGUAAGCAGCGAUUCCGGGGAGGGAAGGGGGGCUAUCGGGGAGGGGAGCAAGGGUAGGCCUCGCUGAAGGAUGGCAGCUCAGGGGCCCGAGAAAAACACCAGCAAGAAGAAAACCGAAAAGAAAUUUGCGGCCAGGGAAGAGGCUAAGCUGCUGGCGAGUUUUAUGGGAGUGAUGAAUAUCAUGCGCAAACAGAAAACCUUGUGUGAUGUGAUUCUUAUGGUGCAAGACAGAAAAAUCCCUGCCCAUCGUGUAGUUCUUGCUGCCGCCAGUCAUUUUUUCAACCUAAUGUUUACUACCAACAUGCUUGAGUCAAAAUCCUUUGAGGUGGAGCUGAAGGAUGCCGAGCCUGAUAUCAUUGAACAGCUUGUGGAGUUUGCAUACACUGCAAGAAUUUCAGUAAAUAGCAACAAUGUACAGUCCUUGUUAGAUGCUGCCAAUCAGUACCAGAUUGAACCAGUAAAGAGAAUGUGUGUGGAAUUUCUCAAAGAGCAAGUUGAUGCUUCUAACUGUUUAGGAAUAAGUGUUCUGGCAGAAUGUCUCGACUGCCCAGAGUUAAAGGCCACUGCAGAUGAUUUUAUCCAUCAGCAUUUCACUGAAGUUUAUAAAACAGAUGAAUUUUUGCAGUUGGAUGUGAAACGCGUUACCCAUCUACUAAAUCAAGACACACUUACUGUCCGUGCAGAGGACCAGGUAUAUGAUGCAGCUGUUCGAUGGUUAAAAUAUGAUGAGCCAAACCGACAGCCGUACAUGGUGGACAUUCUUGCCAAAGUCCGGUUUCCUCUUAUUUCCAAAAACUUUCUAAGUAAAACUGUUCAAGCUGAGCCGCUGAUACAGGAUAAUCCAGAAUGUCUGAAAAUGGUAAUAAGUGGAAUGCGAUACCAUUUACUGUCUCCUGAAGAUCGAGAAGAGCUGGUAGAAGGAACUAGGCCAAGAAGAAAGAAACAUGAUUAUCGCAUUGCAUUGUUUGGGGGAUCUCAGCCACAGUCCUGUAGAUACUUCAACCCUAAAGAUUAUAACUGGUCUGAUAUCAGAUGCCCAUUUGAGAAGCGCCGGGAUGCAGCAUGUGUGUUUUGGGAUAAUGUGGUGUACAUUUUGGGUGGUUCUCAGUUGUUCCCUAUAAAGCGGAUGGACUGUUACAAUGUAGUGAAAGACUCUUGGUAUUCCAAACUGGGGCCUCCUACACCCAGAGAUAGUUUAGCUGCCUGUGCCGCCGAGGGCAAAAUCUACACAUCAGGAGGCUCAGAAGUAGGAAAUAAUGCCCUGUAUUUGUUUGAGUGCUAUGAUACCAGAACAGAGAGCUGGCACACCAAGCCCAGCAUGCUUACCCAGCGAUGUAGCCAUGGAAUGGUGGAAGCAAACGGACUCAUCUAUGUAUGUGGUGGCAGCCUGGGAAACAAUGUCUCUGGACGGGUAUUGAACUGUUGUGAGGUGUACGAUCCAGCAACUGAAUCGUGGACAGAGUUAUGUCCAAUGAUAGAAGCUCGAAAAAAUCACGGAUUGGUGUUUGUAAAGGACAAAAUAUUUGCUAUUGGUGGUCAAAAUGGUUUAGGUGGUUUGGACAGUGUGGAAUAUUAUGAUAUUAAGCUAAAUGAAUGGAAGAUGGUGUCACCAAUGCCUUGGAAAGGCGUGACUGUAAAAUGUGCUGCUGUCGGCUCUGUCAUUUAUGUCCUCGCUGGUUUUCAAGGAGUUGGCCGUUUAGGGCAUAUCCUGGAAUAUAACACAGAAGCAGACAAAUGGAUAGCAAACUCUAAGGUUCGAGCCUUCCCGGUGACCAGUUGCCUGAUCUGCGUUGUUGACACAUGCGGUGCAAAUGAAGAGACUCUGGAAACAUGAUUAAGCACACACACCUUGGAAGCAAAUCAUUGUUAUUGGUGUGGAGGCAGAUUCUGCUUUACGCAAAGGAGACUUGAAAAGCCCAGAAAGAGACUCAGAAGAGAGGAAAACAUACUGUGAAAUAUGAACAAUAGUUUUAUUGUGGAUAGGUUUACCUUGGUAUCUGUACCAUGAAGGAACUAAGAGUAGUAUAAUACGCAAAUACUUUUUUCAGAGAAGACGGGUGGUUUAAAGAUGGCUGCCACCUUGUGUUUUUUGUUUUUGCACUUAUUUGCGCACCUUGGAUAUUUGAGGAAUAUAUUCAUUAUAUUCUGUUAUAUUUUGUGUAUUUGUCCUGUUGCUUGCUGUUGCUUGAGAUUUUGAUCUGAAAAGACCAAGUCGGUCAUGUGCCAGCUAUUGGUUUAGUUAAUUUAAACUCUGAAAUAAACAGUGAUGCUUUUUUCCAGGUUGGUAUAUUAUAGCCUAGUAAACAAAGCGACCAAUGUGUAGGAACCCCAGGUGUAAUCUAUAACAUAUCUGCAUGUGGCAAAAAGAAGUGACUUGUGCUCUCAGUAUUUGGUGUGACCCCCUGUGCAGCAAUAACUGCACAUCAGUUUUAACCCAUUCCUCCAUACAAUACAGCUUCAGCUCUUGGAUGUUGGUGGGUUCCCUUACAUGAACCACUCACUUUAGGUCUUUCCACUACAUUUCAAUUGGAUUAAGGUCAGGACUUUGGACUUGACCAUUCCAGAAUAUUCACAGAUGUCUUGACAUUUUCUUUUUGAAUUCUCUGGUAUAGUUCAGAAUUCAUUGUUCCAUCAAUGAUGGCAGGCUUUCCUGGCCCAGAUGCAACAAAACAGGCCCAAACCAGAACACUGUUUCACAGAUGGGAAAGGUUCUUAUGCUGGAAUGCAGUGUUUUUCUUUCUCCAAAUGUAACACUCCUCAUUUAACCCAUCUAUCCACAAAACAUUCUUCCAGUAUCCUUCUGGUUUGUCUGCAUGAUUUUAGCAAACUGUAGAUGGUCAACAGUAUUUUCUUUAUCUAUUUUUAGGACUUGUUUGAAAAUUAGAUGAUUUUUAGGUCACAUUCAUAUAAAAAAUAUAGAAAAAGGGUUCACAAACUUUCAAGAACCACUGUAUAUCCAUUGUACUCCCUAUAUUAUGUUGAUUCAUUUAUUCUAUGUUGCUUUGCUGAAUUACAUUAUCUUUAAAUAUGUGUCGUACAAAAAAAUAUUUUGAAAUUGAUUUAUAACUUUGCACCCAACAUCUUCAAUAACCCACAUGCUUCUCUUAAUGGUUGUGAAGCAUAGAGGUUUCUUGUAGACAAUAUAACACUAUUGGUUAUCUGAACAAAAGCUAUUGUUUGUUUUGGAGUAAAUAAUACCCUGUCCUUUGCCAAAGCUGUGUAGUAUAUAUAAUAACACAUCAAGCCCUUUCCUUUCUAAUCUAUGUGAAAAUAAUCAGUGCAGACCAGUUACCUAAAAAGAUAAUGUUAGGCUUGAUUAAAAAUCAUUGGCUGUGUUCAUAGAUACUGUAAAUAAUUAGCUGCCCUAUUCACCAAAAAAAGACUCAGCUGAAUCCCAACUGGCGUAUGUCAAUUAGCAAAAUGACAAAAACAAUUCAGCAUUAGAUAAAAUAUUGUUACCUGUCGUCUAGUGGUAUAAAGUCACGUAAUAAUUGGGGUUUUUAGUCUUCUUCCUAAGAACAUUCUAAUAUUGGUCGUAGGUUUAAAUGCAACAAUCUAAAAUUAACAUUCAGACUGAAGUUGUAGGAUAAAGCCUUACAAAUCUGAACAUGAAAUAGUUUGGCAGACACCGAUCCGUAUGAAAGUGACUUUCAUUUUCCAAUACACAAUACGUGUGACUUUAUUGUAACCUGACCACAAUUUGCUAACCUGUCUGAUUGACUAAGCGAUUGAGCGACAUGGUAUGGAAUUAUUGGGAUGAUAAUUCUGACAUGGUCCGAAAAUCAUAUGAAACUAGGUGUCGUACCAUUUUAUUGCUACGUGUACGAGCCAGCUUAAA